AUGGUGAUGCCUUUGUUUCCAUUUGCAGGGAGAAGAGGAGCCCUGAAAACUGUUUUGUCGAAGCUGAGGCUCAAGAAGUUCAGAAAUGUGAAACUGAGGCUGGGGGAUCUCCUGGAAAUCAGCCUGGAGAGCCUGAAGGACUGGACUCCUCACGUCUUGGGAGACUUGCCUCGGCACUUCCUGAGGAAGCUCAUGGCUCUGAACGGGACAGCCAGAAGCACACGCCUUGGGCAGGGGACAUCUGAUGAGGACACAAGUGAGGAUGAGGAGGGUGGGGUGAGUGGGGAUGUGUUCUCUCUAAGGGAAGAUGACUCUAGGGCUUCUCUGCACCCCCUCGAUGUUCUCUGUGCCGUUCUGCUUUGCUCAGACAGUUUCCUGCAGCAGGAGAUCCUGUCCAAAAUGUCCAUGUGCCAGUUUGCCCUCCCUCUGCUGCUACCUGCCCUCGACACCUCCAAGUGCACCCUAAUGCUGUGGGCCAUGAGGGACAUUGUGAGGAAGUGGAGGCCGCACUCCCUGGCAGACAGCAGAGGGUUCAGAGAGGAGAGCCUGGUGCUCACGUCACUGCCAACCAUUUCCUUUGUGCGGAUGGGGAGCUGCAGCUUCUCCAAGUCCAAACUCCUCAAUGAAGUUCUCAGCCCCUCUCAGCAGCACCACGAUUUCUUUAUCCAUCAGGACAUGGAGUCUGGGAACAUCCCUCGGGAAAUCGCAGAUGGGCUGGUCGAGAUUUCCUGGUAUUUCCCUGGUGGGAGGGAGAAUUUGGAUCUUUUCCCAGAGCCCAUCGCAGUUACAAAUCUGCGAGGAGACAUUGAGUCCCACUGGCUGCAGUUUAGCUUUUUAACAGAGAUCUCCUCAGCAGUGUUCAUAUUAACGGAGAGUAUCAAUGAGAGAGAAUACACCCUGUUAUCAUCUCUGCAGGGAUCAGCCACUAAAUACUACUUCAUCCUUAACAGUCAGGCUGGGAAAGCCAAGGAAACGGUGGGACUCCUCAAUAAAUUAGCCCCACUGCUGGAUAUGAAAAAAUCACAACUUCUGGUGAAAGAGCAGAGCAACAACAGCGCGGAGCUGGUGAAAAAGCUACGAUCCACCCUCCGGGGCGUCAUGAGCUCCUCUCCCAAGUGCGUGAGGGUCCGUGACAUGGCUGUGACGGCGCGGGAGCUAGGGAUCCAGGUGGAUGAAGAUGAUGGAGAAUGUUGGACCGCCUUGGAGCACAUUGAAGAAAUCACUGCGGAAAUAAAGGAUGUGGCAAAGUACAAGAGGGACAUGCUGAGGCUCCAGGGGGAUCUGUGGAAGAACUUGGCUAAAGUGGAGAAAGAGCUGUGCCGGAUGAAAGGCCAACAGGACGUCUCUCCGGAAGACUAUAGAUCCCAGCUGAGAGAAAGGUGGUUGGAGCUACGCAGGCAGCAGAAUCAGUGUGACCUCACCAGCGGGAUGGUUAAAUUUAUUAGCGGGAUAGGACAACUGCGUCCAGCCGAGAAACAUCACUUCCUGAAAUGGAUGAAGUUCCACCUGGAUCACAUCGCCAGGGGGAACCUCUCUAGGCUCCGGGCUGAGUACAAAGAGAAAUGUCGCGCUCUAGGGGAUGAUGCACAACAGCUGGUGGAAUUGGACAAACUAAUCUCUGCCAGCUCCUUAGGGGUGGAGCAUUUCAUGCGCGAGUUGGGGCAAUUUUACGAGGCCGAAUGCUCAAUGGUGAAAGAAGGGAACAUGGGGAACAUCCAAAGACAAUUUGUCCAUCUCCCAGGCAUAGCAGCUGACCUGAUGCUGGAAGGGUUUCCUAUGGAGCUGAUCGAUGGGGAUGCCUCCAACAUCCCACUGCAGUGGGUGACAGAUGUUUUGACAGAGCUCCAUGCCAAGCUGGGGGGAAGGUCCAGAAUGUUGGUUCUAACGGUGCUGGGAGUGCAGAGCACUGGGAAAUCCACCCUCCUCAACACCAUGUUCGGCCUGCAGUUUGCAGUGAGCAGCGGCCGAUGUACGCGAGGAGCCUUCAUGUCCCUCAUUAAAGUGGCAGAGAACUUUCAGCAGGAGCUGGGCUGUGAUUUCAUCCUGGUGAUAGACACAGAAGGGCUGAAAGCCCCAGAACUGGCCAGGCUGGAGGAUAGUUAUGAACAUGACAAUGAGCUGGCCACACUGGUGAUUGGACUGAGUGACAUAACCAUCGUUAACAUGGCCAUGGAG